AUGUGGAUUAUCUACGUACAACACACAAGAAGCAUAAGUACCGCGGUGUUGCCAAUAAACAGCAUCAGAACUAAUGACGUGGUCGAUAUCUGUGUUCUUGUUCCCUACGAUAAUUCGAGAAUGUUCUCCUCGGCUCGGGUGCUCCCGGCCGUGAACUUGGCGGUGUCAAAGGUGAAGGACGCUGGAUAUACUGCAGGAGUUAAGAUACGCAUUAACGUGGGGAACAGCGGCUGCAACUCCCGGGACGCCCCCAUUAUGGCGUUUGAAUAUUACCGUCGCCAGCAGGUGUCAGUUUUCAUCGGACCUGUUUGUGACUACAGUCUUGCACCUGUUGCAAGAUACGCACCCGUCUGGAACAUUCCGGUCAUCUCUCCGGGAGGCUUUGCCCAUGACAUGGUCAGCAAGCAGGGUCCAGAUGGUGAAUUCCCAUUGCUGACCAGAAUAGGCGUCACUUUUAACUCUCUCACACAGUCCCUAGUCGCCAUUAUGAUGGGCGAAUUUAAAUGGUCAAAAAUCAAAGUUAUUUACGACGGAGAAGCCAUGUCUAAUGUGAUGCCUCGGUUCUGCUAUCUGGCAGCGGCGUCUCUG